AUGCCUGUGCACCUCCUUGCGGCGAUAUAUGCUUUAGCGACACCCUUUGCCAAAUUCGACGACUACCUGUGCGUCUUGAAUGCCUAUUCAACUCCACCCACAGAUAAAUUAUGGCGUAUGGUCUUCGAAAUCAUACUUGACCAAAUACACACUCCCCACCUAGCUACUCUACAAGCAGGUCUCCUAUAUCUACACAAGCCUAAACAAACCAAUCAAAGUGCCAUCACAGAUAGUCCAUUUGUAUGGUCAUUCGUUGGUCAAUUAGUUGGCCUUGCAUCUUCUCUCGGCCUUCAAUUCGAAUGUCAACCCAUGGGCCUUCCAGCCUGGGAGCGACGUCUACGCCGACGAUUAUGGUGGGCCAUCUAUGCAGAAGAUAAAUGGCGCUGUCUUCUGAUGGGUCGACCGCCUUAUAUCCGACAAGAUGAAUGGGAUGUAACAGAUUUAGACGAUGAAGACUUCCGGAUUGAUCAAAUGCAAAUUGACUUUCUGCUAGCACCUAGCGAUCAAUCUCAGCGUGAUGAGGUGAACGCACAGCAAUUUCAGUAUUUCGCGCAAUUAUCUCGAAUCGCCGAUGAGGUUCAACUUCGCUUGUUUGCCUUACACGCAUCCCAACGACUAGCCUCAGACUUUGAUACAUCUCUCGAAGUCUCCCGUGAACUCCUUCAAAGACUCAAAGAAUGGCACUCACUUCUACCAUCACAGCUGAGAUCUCAGAACAGACUCUUCACCACCAUCGAUCGAAGUGGUCCACAGUCAAACUGUUUACACUUCUCUUAUAUCCUACUAGAGAUAUUAAUAUUUCGCUCUCUACUUCGACCAAUGGUAAAAUCAGCAGCUCCCCCACGACUUUUUGAUGAGGCCGAGGAUCCUACAAGUUUCACAAACAUGGUCGAUGAUUAUAUAACACAGAUAAUCGAGGCAAGGGAGGUAGAGCCUGUACCUGCACUCGACAUGUCUGAUGAACAUGGUCCUGGAAAUGCCGUACUAAAGGCAGCGGAAAAUUGUGCUGCAACAAUGUUGCGGUCCGUGGUGCGGAUGUCCUGCAGUGAUUUGGCGGGAUUUUGGUACUCAUGGUGCCGAAUCGGCUUUGCUACUGUUUCCAGCUUCAUAAUGCUGCUGGUCGUACAGGCUCCAUCGAAGGAGCAUGCUCUUCGGGCGCUACGAUUGCUUUAUGUGUGGCGGAGAGCACUGCGUGGGCAGAGCCAAGGAUGUGAUCUGAUGAAUUUGGCUUUGGUACGAUUAGAUGGGCCACAUUGGACAGGGUUAACAAGCACAUUCUUUCUACCAAAGCAUGUCAAGGAGGCGUUGGAAGUGAAUAUCGAUCAGGAAUAA